AUGGCCCCUCCUCCACCCCAGUCUCCAGCCACUCCAUUACUGGCUCCCCCGGUCUCGCACCUUCGCCCGUCGCUCGCUGAAUUGAGGGGUGAAAAGCAUCCCGACUCUGUCACGAGAACCAGUCUCUUCAUGCCUCACCCUAACGCGCCAAAGCCGACUGUCUUGUCGCAAGGCCCGAUGUACAUACCCUACUUCCCAUCUUCCACCGUCCAUUGCCGUGCUGCUGUAUGGUUCCCAAAGGCCAAGCGAGCCAGGCCAUCUGUCCGUGGCCGCCAAUUCGCGGUAUCCGCCAACGACAGGUACCCCUCUCCCACGUCACCCAGGCAGCGGGCUUGGCGGACUCUCGAGGGCGUUGCACAUGGCGAUGACGUCGAGAGGAAUCUUGGGCAGAGGCCCGACGUUAUUCGCUAG